CUCAAACUUGACUAGAGGAGUAUCCAUCCGAUAAGAGCCGAGGCGACAUUGGUGUUGAGGAGGAGAGAAGAUGCCGAAGAGGACGACCCACACGUAUUCCAGCGAAGACGCCGCUCCAGAGGCGCCCGACUCCGAUCUCUUCGUCUAUUACUGCAAGCACUGCAGUUGCCAUGUCCUCAUCACUGAUAACCAAUUGCAGAAAAUGCCCAAAAGGAAAACUGACGAUGCUUAUGUGCUUGACAAGAAGAAGUAUCUUGCUAGAUUGAGUGUUGAUGAGGCGGGAAAAGUUCUCCUGAAGCGUGGUGAAGGGAAAUUGGAGAAGCAGUUCCGCAUGAAUUGUAAGGGGUGUGGCCUCUUUGUAUGCUAUCGUGCAGAAUCCGAUAUGGAGUCAGCCUCCUUUAUCUAUGUAGUCGAUGGUGCACUUAGUACUAUUGCUGCUGAAACAAAUCCACAUGAUGCCCCUGUGCCACCCUGCAUAUCACAGUUAGAAGGGGGUCUUGUUCAAGUGGCAAUAGAAGUGGAGGACCGUGCACAACGUUCAGCAAUUACAAGAGUAAAUGCUGAUGAUGUUAGGGUCACUGUCACGGCACCUGCUGCUCGUGGGGAAGCUAACAAUGAACUUCUAGAAUUUAUGGGCAGGGUCUUGGGUCUUAAACUAUCCCAAAUGACUCUCCGAAGAGGUUGGAAUAGCAAAUCUAAGCUUCUUGUGGUAGAGGAUUUGACUGCUAGGCAAGUUUAUGGGAAGCUGUUGGAAGCAACACAGCCUUGAGGUUGCUUAAUAACACAAAUGUACCAAGAACAAACCCACCCAGUGUGAAGUCUACUAGGGCGCGUACCGAAGAUGUGUGUUUUUCCUUCAAUUAUCUGACAUCAUAUUUCUUUGGAUCUAAUUUCACAUUAAAUUCAGUUUUGGGUUCGGAUCACGGAUUCCUUUACACUAUGUUUGGUUCAAAGAAUCUGAGGAAAAAGAAUAAAAAAUAUUUAUAUAAAAUUAUCGAAAAAUAUUUAGAAGUUUAUAACCCUUCUCGGCUUCUCAUUUGUGCAGCGCCCAACUACUAGAAUUGCUCUAACACUUUCUACAAAGGGGAGCACAAAAACGGAAAAUGACAAGGGUGGCUGUGUCGGAUAAGUGUAGGGUAUAUAUAUCCUAUUCCCUCCGUCCCUAAAUAGAUUACCAUUUUUUUUGUCUCCUCUUGAUAACUUUUGUUUGUUUACGCGAUUUCAUUAAGUAU